UUAUAUAUUGUUUGGGUUGUUUACUUGUUUUCACAUGUCAAUUACUUUAUAUAAAUAACCCUUUAGAUAUCAUCCUUACCCGACAGAACCGGUGAUACUCAAUCUAGUACAUUCUCUUUUCUUCUCUUCAGUUCUCUCUUCUCUCUCUCUCUCUCUCUCUCUCUCUCAUCUCUUCAUUGAUUUAAGUCCUCAUCUUCUUGAAUAAGAAGUUUUCGGAAGCAAAACCAUAUAUUUGACAAUGGAUGUAAAGCGUCACUCGUCGCUUUCUACACUCGUGGCUCAUUUCUUUGGCAUCUUAGCCGUUGUUCUAAUGCUCAUAUGGCUUCUCCAUUACCGCGAAGGUAUCGAGUAUGGCUCUGACAACCCCUUUAAGGUUUUAAAUGUGCACCCGUUUCUCAUGUACUGUGGAUUUCUCUUCCUCGUGGGUCAAGCUAUGAUGACGUAUAAAACGGCGUACGCGUCGCACCAAGUGCAGAAGAUGGUUCACGGUGGGCUUCACUUAAUAGGUUUGGUUCUAGGUAUUGUCGGAAUUUGCGCCGCCUUUAGAUUCCACGACAAAUUAAUCCUUAAAGACAUGGUCUCUCUUCACUCCUGGAUCGGUCUCACCACUUUCAUCCUCUUUGGUCUUCAGUGGCUAUUCGGUGCGUUCACAUUCUUAGCGCCACAAUCAUCGUCGGGGACAAGGACGAGGAUGAUGCCGUGGCACGUCUUAGGUGGUCGGGCUCUACUUUAUAUGGGUAUUGUCGCAGCACUUACUGGACUCAUGCAGAGAGCAACGACGAUUGGUCAGAGCACAAACGCUGAGUCACGUCUAAUUAACUUCCUCGGCUUAGCCAUUCUACUCUUCGGCGUCUCCGUCGACUUCUCCGUCGCUCUUGGCCGUUACAAUUGAUGGAGUUACUAUACUGCAUUAUUAUUAGUCCCACCUUUAAAUAUUCCUUUAUCGUACUAAUCAGCGAAUUUUCAUGAUUGUUUUGUUUUGUUUUCGUGUGUAAAUGUGAGUCGUGUGAUAUCUAUUUGGUUACCAGAGUGAUUUAUUUGGUAUUUAAUGUUACUUUUUUAUAUAUAUAUAUAUUUCUUCUUUUGUGUUUGAUC